CUAGUCGGACUUCUUUUCAGUUUCGAAAGCCGAAAGACUGCAGCCAAUGGACCCGGAGUCAACUCCAGAUUAUCAGAAAUGGACUGUCAGGAAAAACUGGAGGUACCCAUAUACACCGAUGUGGACAGAGAGACUUUCUUGAGGGACAUAUAUCCUCUGCGCAGACCAGUGGUUCUAAAGCGCGUGCCCCUGGGGCCCUGUGUGCGCGCGUGGACGGUGAGUUAUCUCGCAGAAAAAGGGGGAGACCGCGAGGUCAAAGUGCACGUGUCCCCAGACCCCAGGAUGGACUUUCUGCAUAAGAACUUUGUGUACAGGACACUGCCUUUUGACAAAUUUAUUCAGAGAGCUGUAGAGGCGAAACACUCUGAUUUCUUCAUUAGUCAGGAUGAAAGCUAUUACUUGCGGUCACUUGGAGAUGAUGUUCGUAAGGAACCUGCUGAUUUAAGGAAGCAGUUCCCUGAGCUGGCAGAGGACUUCUAUAUACCCCAGUUCUUUGAGCCGGAGCAGUUUUUCUCCAGUGUCUUUCGUAUUAGUUCCCCUGGUCUACAGCUGUGGACGCACUAUGAUGUAAUGGACAACAUUCUAGCUCAGGUUACAGGACGAAAGCGUGUUGUUCUCUACAGCCCCAAAGAUGCCCUUCAUCUCUACCUCACAGGGGAUAAGUCUGAAGUUUUGGACAUAGACACUCCUGAUCUGGAACGUUAUCCUGAGUUUGUGAAAGCGUGCCGUUACGAGUGUGUUCUGGAACCAGGAGACCUGCUCUUCAUCCCAGCUCUUUGGUUUCACAAUACCCUGGCUCUCCAGUUUGGAGUUGGUGUCAACGUGUUCUGGAAGCAUCUUCCACCUGAGAGUUAUGAUAAGAAAGAUCCAUAUGGAAACAAAGACCCAAUAGCAGCUACUCGAGCGCUGCAGGCACUGGAGAGGACUCUUGGCAUCUUAGAAGAACUGCCACCUGACUAUCGGGAUUUCUAUGCUCGCCGCAUGGUGUCGCGGAUUCAAAGUCGGGGGUACAUUAGGCAACCUAUGGAGGUGGCACAGGGAAAUUUAGACACAGCAUAGAUCUCUCACUAUUUACACUGAAAAGGAGCAAUGGAGUUUGAGAAUUAUGAUGAAGACUUUGUUUUCUGUCCAAAGAAAACCUUUUUUACGAUAUGAGAACCUAACGGAAAUGCUGAAAGGUCAAAGGUCAAGUAAUUAAAAUCACAGCUUACACUAAUUUAGUUAUUAAAUGAUUCAUUUCUGAGCACAUAUAAAUAAUGAUAUAAAGCAUGGUCUUAACUCAACAGAUCUGGGGCAUGUGCAAUAACUAUUAUGACACAAUUCUAACACAAACCAACCAGUUGCAAUUGCAAAUAUGAUGUGGGUUAAUAGUCACAUGAUAUUUAGGUAAACAAAUAAAAUGUUUCAUUUAAUUUGA